AUGCAGAUUCCAGCCAAGGAGCACCAACCAACGAGGCUGGUUCCGUGUUGCUGCGUCUUAAACUCUGCACAGCUCUUUCUGCGGACCAUAAACAGGUAAAUUAUCAGACAAGGUAACCACACCCACGGAUUAAAAACUACCUAGGAGGGCAAGGUAAACAGCCACUGCCCAGAACUCGGCCAUUAACUCUGCAAAGAAGAGAGGGGUGGAAACAUGCACGUCCACUGUCUUAUCUUCCAAAGCGAUUUCUCUUAAUUCGUUUUUUUUUUCUUAAUUCCUGGGUUUCUUUGCAUCUUAGAUCUCUGCACCUAUCUUAUUUCCUCAGUCUAGGAGAGGGGAAAAAGAAAAGCGCACGGGAAGAAGUCCCAGAGGGGGAGCUGGGUUACUCCGCGGCAGCAAAAACAGGUAAGAGCCGGUGACGAAACUAGAAAACUCCAGGUAAAAACUCUGUGUAUAAAAAAGGCUUAGAAUCAGCGAGUCAAGGAGUAGCUAACUUAGAGGUAAGUUGCUUACAACCUCCUCUCCCCGCCCCCCACCUCAAUUCCUUUUCUGGCAAAUAGCCUUAUGCAAUGUUUUAUUUUUUCCCCGGGGGGUACUCAAGCGUACACAUACCCCUAAAAAUUUUGCGAAUCAUCUAAGUUUGGUCUCAUUGAGGGGCAGUAUUUUUUUUAGAAUAAAAAGCAUUGGCCUUAUUAAAUGAUUUCUAGCAUUUAAAACUGGAAGGCUGCAACCUUCUGCCCACGUUCCUGGGAGUAACCCCCAAGGAACUUGGUGGGAUUUACUUCUGAGUAGGUGUGUAUAGGAUCGCACUGCAAAGGUUUUCAGAACAUACAGUACUAAUCACACCAGAUGGGGAUGGUUAUUGGUUUGUUGUGUUCUCAUUUUGUAUUUUUAUGUGGUGAACCGCCCUGUGGUCUUCUGAUAAAGGGUGGUAUACAAAUUUAAUAAAUAAUAAUGAUACUAAAGAAAGCUCACACCAGAAAUCUAUCUAAUCUAGCAUCCUAGCUCAGAUCCUAGCUGUCCUGAGAAUGGGACAGAGUUCAUGUUUGUGGAACGGAAGAUUUCCCUCUUCCCCCUCCACUCUGAUGUGCAAAUAAAAACUUUAUUGCUCCUUACACGAGCAGAGAAAGCUCAGAAGAAGGUGAGAAUGGCGACAGUAGCCCCGUGUUUUUCCUCCUUGAUUGGUAAUCAGAAGUAUAUUGCCCUUAAAUAUAGAGCAAGAUGAGUUGGGAUUCAUAAAAGACCUUUCUCUGAGGUUACACCUAAGUUAUGGAGCUCUCAACCUCUUGUCUCAAUAAUAAUAAUAAUAAAUUUUAUUCAUUCAUUCCCCGCCCAUCUGGCUGGGUUUCCCCAGCCACUGUGGGAACAGAAUAUGAAUAUGAAUAUUAUUAAUAUAUUAUUAUUAUUAUUAUUAUUAUUAAUUAUUAAUAUUCUCACCCUCCUCACCUGCUGUGCCAACACUGGUUUUUUUUCAUGUAGGUAUUGAAUUUGACAGGCUGAAGCUUUCAGUUUGUGUGUUCAUCUUCUAACCAUUUUAUUGUUUUUUCUUGGACUGGGGAACUGGGAGGGAUUUCUUCGUUUUACAAUGGUUAUUAAACUUCCCUGAGUACUUAGUACACAAUGGAAGAAUAGUAUAUAAAUCUUCAGAAACAAAUAACUGAAACAAACAUGGUUUUGGCAAUAAAUUUCAUCAGUUGGUCACACUAAGUGAAGUGCUUCCUCCUCUUUGACCUGCAGCUUUGCCAGCCAGUUAUACUUAGUAGCCCUGGUCUGUUCAGGUAUCAUUCAGGUUAUUAAAAGCAUACCCAUUUAUAACAGGAAAACUUCCAGACUUGCUCAUUUCAGCAUGGCGCUUUCAAUCUAAACAGGUCUGAAAGACCUUUUUAUUUAAUUUACACUCUCCGGGCCUCAACUGCUAGCUUUCCAGAUGACUGAUGCAGUUCUCAAGUUGUUGUAGGGGGACAUAGGGAGAUCCCUAAUGAAAUCCACCCUGUAACUCCUCCAAUGACAGCCUUCUAAAAACAGUUGGCUAAGGGGACUCGGGUUAAGUACUUAAUUCGUUCCGGAGGUCCAUUCUUAACCUGAAGCACCACUUUAGCUAAUGGGGCUUCCUGCUGCCGCCGCGCAAUUUCUAUUCUCAUCCUGAAGCAAAGUUCUUAACCCGAGGUACUAUUUCUGGGUUAGCGGAGUCUGUAACCUGAAGCGUAUGUAACCCGAGGUACCACUGUAUACUGAGUUGCAGAUAGUCACUGAGUUUUAAGAAACCAUGGAAGAACAAAAGCAGCUUGGAUUACACAGUUCCAUGUCAAUUUAGAUCAGUGGAUAAAUAUUUUCAGGAAUAUUAGGGCAGUUUGACUGUGUUCUGGCAAUCAUCUCUCAGCUUAAUAAGGCAAGAUAUGGCUUCAUUUGCAUAUCAUGGUAAGCCAAACUAUAGCUUACUGGGACCACGCAAAUGUGAACACGCCUGGCAAGGAACUCCCAGCUCUGUUUUUACAGCAAUCCUUGGCUACUACAGCUCAUGGUUAGCAAGGCCAGAGCUAAACCACAAGCUUGGGUUUGGUUGACAAACUGAGCCAAAGAAAUGUAUUUGAAAAGGUUUCCAUAGCCCUGUGUUUCGUGGCAUGAGAAAAUCAACCGUUUGCAGUAGAAAACCAUCUCAACUUGGUCUUAAAGGAAUGUGUGAAGUGGCCCAGAAGCUUAUUUAAUAAAUAAGAAUACAACCAGGCCUUGGACUGACUAAUAUUCUAUGGCCUUUUAAAUGGGUGUGAGAGAAGGGGGUUAUUGUUUUGUUUUUGUUUAACUGAUUAUUUUGUGCUUUUAUACUGUAUCUUUAUGUUGUGAAGGGGCCUGAGAUCUUUGGAUGAAGGGCGGUCUAUAAACUUAAUAAAUAAUAAAAUAAUAAAAAUUAGCUGGCAACUGACUGAACCUCUGCUUUCCAAGGUGAAUGUUCUCCUGGAGUGGAAAUCCUCAUUAUUAUUUUCCCCUCCUGCCAUUAUGUUCUCUGUAUGUGCAUAACAAUUUCUUACGCUAUUUACACUGUAGUGACUGCUUUGCAAUUGCAAUGACUCUGGUGACUUUAUUCAUCUGAGGCAUGGUCAGCUCAUGUUGGCAGGCGGCAUACCAUCAAAAGGUAGAUAAUUAUAGUGUAAUUGUAUAAUGUGCUUUUAUAUUUAGAGCACUACUCUGUCUUAAAUGGGAUAGCCAGGAAGAAGGUAUUAAGUCUUAAUUUUUGUUCACUAAACAGGUUACUGCUCUCCAUACAGUCAAUAUUUAAAGUCAUAAUCUACUUUCUGAAAUUCCUUUAGCUAACAAUGGAGAUAUGGAAUGCAUAUGGAAUACCAUCUCAGUGGAUGCUUUGCAACUGUCUUGGGUAAGGAAUGGUGGAUUUUCCAACGUAGACAACAAUGACAUUGCAAAGAUAUAGUUGCCACCACAUUUCCUGAAGGAACUGUGACUCAGUUUGGUCAAACCCUCCCAUUUCUGUGUCAUAAUCUUUGAAACUAAACAUCAAAGGCUAGGAUAUAACUAUGCUUCAAUUAUAGCUAAAUGCAUCCUGUAUUCAGAAGGACCAAGUAGUUUAAUGUUCAGUUAAUAAUAGUGAACUCAUGUGGUUUGAUUUUUCUGUUUGGAAGCAAAAUAGGACAACCCCCAAACAGUGGAGUGUUUCCUACAUACUCUCCCCAGUAUGAAGAACAGAAUUUGAAAUAAAAUAAAUGUUUAAAAACAAACCCCAAAUGGCCUGACAAUAACCUAUGAGCUUUUUAUGGGUUUAAGUAUGCUGCAAGCUGCCCAGAGUGGCUGGGGAAACCCAGCCAGAUGGGCAGGGUAUAAAUAAAUUGUUUUAAGUGUAUCUGGUUUUGUUUGUGUUUUUUUAAAGUGUUUUAAAUUGUUUAAUGUGCAAAUUGGUGUGACACAGCAGUUUAGAAGGAAAACAUAAAUUGAAAUACAGUCAUACCUCAGGAUAAAUACGCUUCAGGAUAAGUAUUUUUGGGUUGUGCUCCGUGGCGACCCAGAAGUAAUGGAGUGCAUUACUUCUGGGUUUCGCCACUCGCACAUGCGCAGUCAAAAUGACAUCACGUGCAUGCGUGGAAGCAGCGAAACGCCACCCACGCAGUCGCGUCUUACGUUCUGUUCAGGAUGCGAACGGGGCUCCAGAACGGAUCCUGUUCGCACCCCGAGGUAACACUGUAACAACAACUAUUAUUUUCAUAUGUGCAGAAUCACAGCUUUGGCUGUACAGCCUUAUAACCACUAGAGGUUUAAGCUUGCUAUAAUAAUCCCAAACACCAAAGAAGCAAGCAAUUUGAAAUAUAAGCAACAGGACUGUAUUAAAGCAGUGACCUGAAGAUACACGGUCAACAAGCAACUCUAGAAUUACCAUAAAUCAGAACUUUACAUUUUUUUUUUACAUCUCUCACUAAUUAUUUAUAAAUUUUGCUUCAUUUUUGGAUCUCUGUUUUGUGGAUGUGACACUUCGUGUAAAUAUCUCUUUCUUUUCCAGGCUCUGCAGGCGCACACAUUUAAAAACGCAAAAAUAGGCAAAAUAUUUUAGGUACAGUUUAUUGUUUACAGAGUUAAUAACAAAUAAAUUUACAAACAGAUUCAAUUACAACAUGUGGGAACAUUGCUAACUGUUGAAAAGGCAGGGCCUAUCACUUAAUUCUGUGGUGCUAUAAUGUAAGUAGAUGUACAGGUGAUUUAUCAAAAAGCAACAACUGCUAAAUUUCAGAAUAGGGUGAUAAAAUCUUACAGGGUUUAGAAGAUUAUUCACAGCAUCUUUCCACAGAUAUUGUGUCUUUAAAAGAAACUGAUGUAUGCAGUGUUUCUAACGGCCUGUGAAAUAGCUGCAUUACGGAUCUGAAGUUGCUAUCACUGUAGAAAAAUGUUGCACAUAUUGGACAGUCUGUUAUUUUUCUAUUUGGAAUACACUUUCCCUAUCGUAGUACAGUCGUACCUUGGAAGUUGAACGGAAUCAGUUCCGAAAGUCUGUUUGACUUCCAAAACGUUCAGAAACCAAAGCAUGGCUUCUGAUUGGCUGGGAAAGCUCCUGCAGCCAAUUAGAAGCUGCGGAAGCCCUGUCAGACAUUUGGCUUCCAAAAAUAGUUCGCAAACCGGAACACUCACUUCCAGGUUUGCGGUGUUCAGGAGCCAAAAGGUUUAAGAACUAAGCUGUUCGAAAACCAAGGUACAACUAUUCAAAACCCAGCUAUCACUCCUUUCCCUUUAGACUCAUCUUUUUAUUGUGCAUUGUGAUGGAGAAAGGCAACUUAUGAGUCGGGUUAGAAUACCUAUUUUGUUAUUAUGGUAUGAAGGAUUCUUAAAUAUACAAUGAGAGUUUCAGAAAUAUUACUUAUUAAAAUAAGAUGAUGGCAAAAUUCCCUAACUUACGUCAACUCGUAGUCUUAAUUGGGUGCACAUUAAAAGUACAGGACUCCCAAGUGUGAAGACUGUACAAAUACAGGUGCAUGAGGGGGGAAAGGGGGGUAUGUCAUUAAAACAAACAUUAAAAUAGUUUGUGGUAUCUGCUGUUGUUUCACAUCAGACACAACAAACUAAUUAAUGAAUUCAUUUCAGGGUUUUUUUUAAUUUAGCUCGCAACUGCCUACAACGUUAGGAAUCACUAGUAAUAAAGGAAUAUCCAAUUUAGCCCCAGUUAUUCAUUUCCACCAUUUAACUCAUGCGUUAAAAUGCUAACAUAAAAAGCCACUCUGUAAAAUUAUAGCCAAAACUGAACAUACAAAUUCUAAGUUACUUUAUCAAGCAAGUAAACAUGCACAAAACAAAAGUUUUCUUAAGGGCAUGCAUGCAGCAAUCUGAUUUAUUUCUAAUCCAUUCCUGUAGCUUUGCCAACAGAUGUCAGCAUUGCUCACGUUAGUUCAACUCCGAGCACUGCUGCAGCAGUUGCUGCUGAUCAUUUGGCUGAAAACUGCUGCAUGAUAGCAUGAAGCUGGCUUCACAAUAUCAGAAUAUUAAAGGCUUUAUUGCCCGGAACCCAAUAAUGGUCUGUAAACAUCUGAGGUUGUAGCAUUGCUGACACUAAUCAGGCAUAGGCCUGAGCAGUCUCUUGGAUAGGAGAUUACUGUGAGUCCCGUAUUCAGGGUAGAAUAGAAGUCUUAUAAAUUAUACAUUAAAAAGAAGAGCUAAUUAACUAUGUCGUUAGUAGACUAUUUAAUAAACAGCAGUUUGAAUCAAUAGCAAUUAAUAAAGUCAUUUAUAGAACUACUCACAUUUAGGUCCAGGCGCAGUGAAUUUCUGUCAGCUCUCUCUGACUCACUGAAACAGGUAGAUGGAUAAGAUUCUCCCAACCUGCAACCUAAAACCCAGGCAUCGCCAUCUUUAUUUGUGGCAUGUAUAUUAGCUGCCUGUUCUGAAAAGUCAUUCUUCAAAGCAGCUGCUGGAAUACCUAAAUGAUUUUAAAGAAGAAGAAAAUUAUCCCCACUUAUGAGAACUGCGGUGUGCCACUUGGAGCUUUACAGUACCACAAUGGAAAGAGUACUAUAUAUUUGGCUUUCAUUUGAUUGACAAGAUUUCACUAGCCCGUCUUGGGUGUCCCUUUUCUUGCAGCUUCGUCUGAAACAGACUCAAAAGUUCAUAGCUCCUUUGGAAAAACUCCCGUGCUCUAUACCAAAAACAGAUUUCGUAGGCAUACCCUGAUUACAGAUGAUCGACUCAACAGGUCUCCCAAUCAAACCUGGAUUAGAGAACUAGAAAAAUGCUUGUCAACAGGUAAGCAGGAGCAGGAAUGGAGACAGGGCCUGAGUAGUACCAUGAUUCUUGCCAACCCAGAGCAUCUUUGUAUUCUUUGUACACAGGAUUGACUUUUAUCUCUUUGGACAGCCAGGUGACCAAGGCUCAGGAGGGAGAGUUUUGCCCCCGGUGA